UUUUGAACCACCUGAGGUAAGAGGGGCGGUCCGCAGCAGCAUCUGGUGUAUAUUUUCUUUCGCAUGUCUGUUUCGUAGCCGUGGAUCUUCUUUAGAGGAGUUUUCCGUCAGGAAUGGCUUGGAGGUUGUCUUGUCACCAGUUCCGGAUCCAGUUCUGCCGGCACGCGCAGGUGAAGCAUGUGUUACAGGGGACUAAACCGCGCAGAGUGUCGUCUGCGGCGCGCGUCCAACAUGGCGGCUGUCCUGACAGGUUUUCCCGGGCGGCCGGAGUUGGUUUGUUUACCUGUCAGGCCCGAGGGUUCACCUCAAGAUCGCACCCAGGUGUGCAGCAGACACCUUCAGGUUAUGAUGAGGCAUUCCGAAGGGCCAGGGACCAUCCAGAAGAUUUCUGGGGGGAGCAGGCGGAGAACAUUGUGUGGACCCGGCGAUGGGACAGAGUACUGGAUGCUACAGACCCCGUCCACCCAAAAUGGUUCCCGGGAGGGGAGCUGAACGUGUGUUACAAUGCUGUGGACAGGCACGUAGACGCCGGGUUCGGCGAUCACACCGCCAUCAUCUACGACAGCCCAGUAACCAACACCAUCCAGCACAUGUCCUACAGGGAGUUUCAGGAUCAGGUAUCCAGGUUUGCCGGAGUGCUAAGUAAACAUGGCGUACAGAAGGGAGACCGCGUGCUAAUCUACAUGCCGAUGACGCCCCACGCCAUGGUGGCCAUGUUGGCCUCGGCCAGGCUCGGAGCGAUCCACUCGCUGGUGUUCGGGGGGUUCGGAGGGAAGGAACUCGCCACCAGGGUGGGCCAUGCCAAGCCCAAGGUGAUAGUGACGGCCUCCUGUGGAGUGGAGCCCUCCCGCAUCGUGCAGUACCAGCCCAUGGUACAGGAGGCGCUGCUGCUCAGCGGACACCAGCCGGCUAAAGUCAUCCUGUACAACAGGCCUGUGUUCUCGGUGUCCCUCCCGUCGGACCAGUGGUGCUGCUGGGAGGAGGAGAUGGCGUUGGCGCGGCCUCACGACUGCGUUCCCGUGGACGCCAUGUUCCCGCUCUACCUGCUGUACACCUCGGGAACAACAGGCCUGCCCAAGGCAGUGGUACGUCCCAGUGGGGGUCAUGCUGUCAUGCUGCACUGGAGCAUGUGGAACAUCUACGGGAUCAAACCACAAGAGGUGUGGUGGGCAGCGUCUGACCUGGGCUGGGUCGUAGGUCACUCCUACAUCUGUUACGCCCCGCUGUUGCACGGCAACACCACUGUCAUGUACGAGGGCAAGCCCGUCGGCACGCCGGACGCGGGGGCGUUCUUCCGCGUCAUGAGUCAGCACCGGACCGCCGGGAUGUUCACCGCACCAACAGCGAUCCGGGCGAUUCGCAAGGAGGAUCCGAAUGCUGAGCUGGCCAAGCAGUACCCUCUCACACAGGUCUCCGCUACUAAAGCUAUAUAAAGCUAAGUUUGAGGAACUUCUAUGUGGCUGGAGAACACUGCGACUCUGAAACCCUGCACUGGACACGGGAGGUCAUGGGGGUGCCUGUACUGGACCACUGGUGGCAGACAGAGACUGGAUCGGCCAUC